AUGAAUGACAGUGACAGACAACAACAUAACAACACUCAAUUCUCUGAAUUCUCAAAAGCUAACCUAAAACUUAAACUUCGUGUCUUUUUUAUUUUACUUUAUUAUUCCAAUUACAUAUAUACGACAUAUUCCAACAAUACCAAGCACGAAAGUAGAAAAUUAAGUUGCUUUAAUAAAAUGGCAGAUGAAGAAUAUGAGGCUGACGAUGCGGGAGCAGAUUACGAUGACAUUGCUGAGGAGGACGAUAACAUCGAGGAAACGGAGGAGCAGGAGGAGGAAGGAUACAACGUGCAAUGUCUUGCUCCUGGACAGGCUGGCGGAGGAGUCGAGAAGUCAAAGCGCAUCACUACACGAUACAUGACGAAGUACGAGAGAGCUAGAGUUCUAGGUACACGAGCAUUGCAAAUAGCCAUGUGUGCGCCUGUGAUGGUGGAGCUUGAAGGAGAAACAGAUCCUUUACAAAUAGCUAUGAAAGAACUAAAACAUGGCAAGAUUCCAAUCAUCAUCAGACGCUACCUUCCCGAUCAUUCCUAUGAAGACUGGAGCAUAGAUGAACUUAUUAUCAUAGAUCAUUAA